AUGGGUAGCAUUAGAAACACUGCCAAGCUUUUCAUUUUCUUGGGUGUUUUGCUUGCUGUCGUUUCGUUAAUCUCUUCCGAGGUUUCAGCAGCUAAGGAUUUGGCUGAAAAAACAAAAGAAGAGGAGACACCUGAGGACUAUGGUGUAUAUGAUCCAGAUUAUCCGAAGUUUAUUAAUGGUGAUGGGCAGCAAGGUGGCAAUAGAGGUGGGUACAAAGGAGGAAAUGGAGGUGGGUACCAAGGUGGCAAUGGAGGUGGAAACAAAGGAGGAAAUGGAGGUGGGUACCAAGGCGGCAAUCGACGUGGAAACAAGGGAGGAAAUGGAGGUGGCAACAGGCGUGGCGGUGGCGGACGUGGUGGCGGUGGUGGGUGCCGACAUGGUUGUUGUGACCGUGGUGGGUACUACAGAGGUAAUUGCCACAAUUGUUGCUAA